AUCUUUUUUACUCACCUCUCCUGUAUGAAAAAAUCAGAGCCUGAGACAAUUUUUCCAGAUAGAUUUUCCGGGUCCCCAAUCCUCAUCACUAUACAUACACGCAAUCGCCAUUCAAAAUCCUCACCCUCCCUUCAACCUUUUUCUACUUAAAAUAUUGAAUGUGAACUGACACUUAUCUCAAACUUCACUACAAUCACAUGUACGCUUCGACGGCUUUUAUUCUUUUGCUUCUCUCUGCUUGAGGCGUGAACAUGGCAGAUCUUGAGCAGCCCAGCCUCACCUCUCUUGGAAAGGUGGGAAAAUCAUCUGGGGAAAUAGAUGGAAUGCAGGAGCCUCUCAUCGAUGGGGUUGGCUCAUCGGAGAACUAUUCUGUUGCUGCUGCUAUCCUUCCAUUUCUAUUCCCAGCCCUUGGAGGACUACUAUACGGCUAUGACAUUGGUGCCACAUCUUGUGCUCUAAUUUCUAUAGAGUCAUCUUCAUUAAGUGGAAUCUCAUGGUACGACUUGUCUUCUGUGCAAAUUGGUCUCACAACUAGUGGCUCAUUAUAUGGUGCCUUGAUUGGCUCUGUCUUGGCUUUUAAUAUUGCCGACUUCUUUGGAAGAAGGAGGGAGUUGAUUCUUGCUGCUUUACUGUAUCUUGUUGGAGCUCUAGUAACAGCAGUGGCACCUAGCUUCAUUGUUAUGGUGAUUGGGCGUUUUGUAUUUGGUAUAGGAAUUGGACUGUCAAUGCAUGCGGCCCCGAUGUACAUUGCUGAGACUGCUCCAACUCAAAUACGAGGUCGACUAAUCUCUCUCAAAGAGUUUUUUAUAGUUUUGGGGAUGGUUGUAGGCUAUACAGUUGGUAGCCUUUUAGUUGACAUGGUUUCCGGUUGGCGCUAUAUGUAUGGAGUUAGUAGUCCUUUAUCAGUGAUUAUGGGAAUCGGAAUGUGGUGGCUUCCAGCAUCGCCUAGAUGGUUACUUUUACGUGCUAUACAGGGAAAAGGCAAUAUGCAGGAUUUAAAAGAGAAUGCCAUAUUUUGCUUGUGUCGGUUGAGGGGUCCAGCUAUUGGGGAUUCAGCUCCUGCUCAAGUAGAUGGGAUUCUAGAUGAGCUUUCAUCCAGCGAGGAAACAAAAGAAGCUUCACUUGGGGAAAUGUUCCAUGGAAAAUGCUUGAAAGCCCUUACCAUUGGUGGAGGAUUAGUCUUAUUUCAGCAGAUCACAGGGCAACCAAGUGUGCUAUAUUAUGCGGCAUCAAUCCUUGAGAGUGCAGGAUUCUCAGGAGCAUCUGAUGCAACACGUGUAUCGAUAUUAGUUGGUUUAUUGAAGUUGAUUAUGACUGCAGUGGCCGUCCUUGUUGUUGAUAAAGUUGGAAGAAGACCUUUACUACUUGGAGGUGUUUCUGGCAUCGUAAUCUCAUUAUUCCUUCUGGGAUCAUAUUACAUUUACUUAGGUGAUGCGCCUGCUGUGGCGGUGAUUGCUCUGCUGUUGUAUGUUGGGUGCUAUCAGUUAUCCUUCGGUCCUAUUGGUUGGUUGAUGAUUUCCGAAAUUUUCCCCUUACGUGUGAGAGGGCGAGGACUAAGCAUUGCAGUGCUCGUGAACUUUGGUGCAAAUGCAAUAGUAACAUUUUCGUUUUCCCCUCUGAAGGCACUGCUGGGAGCUGGAGUUUUGUUUUAUGGAUUUGGAGUCAUAGCUGUGUUGUCUCUUCUUUUCAUAUUCUUCUUUAUACCUGAAACAAAGGGACUCAGUCUUGAAGAAAUCGAAGCCAAACUCCUCUAAGGUAGUAGGCUACCAAAUGGAGAAAAAUAAGCAUGAGUUGAACUGGUAGUUUUGGUUAUAUUCACAACAUGGUAGAAACACACAUGCCUCCAUAGAUAUCAUUGUUUCCCUUCUGGGUAAUCGAUGUAUAUGCUUCUUCUCCAACUGGAAAAAUCUUUUUCUUUUUCUGGGGUUUUUGGGAUGUUGAGUUGAGGAGAGAAAUUUGGGGUAAUCAAUGUACGACGAUGGUUUGAAGCAGUGGUAGAUGCAGCUCCUGUGGAGUCAGAGCUGUGGCAUGGCAUCUUCAGAUGGAGAGGUAUGAUAAGAGUCCUUAGGAUGAAUAAUGAGUUGAUGUCCAGAUUACCAUUACCAUUCUGGGAUUCUCUUCUUCUUCUUCUUCUUCUUCUUCUUCUUGUUUUUAUUUUAUAGCUGCAGAUGAGAUGAAUGGCAGCUUAAGAAUAAUUUGUACGGACACUCUUGAAUUCUUCAUUUGGGUUAAUCUCAUUGUUCUAAGGUGGACUUCAGAAUUGUGGUAGAA